AUACAUACGGUGAAUGAGUGUGUAUAUAUAUAGAGAGAGAAGGAGGGUGGUGUAGAGAGAGAAAGAAAGACAGAGAGACAUAGAGGCGCGAUGGAAGGGCAAGAUAGGGUUCUGGCGACAGCGCAGCAGAUCGUGAAGAGCCUCCACACCUCCACAAACGUCAACACUGAUGACAUGCUUCUCAUCUUCUCCAGCUUCGACAAUCGCCUCUCCAACCUCUCCAAUUUCAUGGCUUCUUCUUCCGCAACCUCUACUCCUUCGUCCGCCAAAGCUGCCGCCGCCGCCGCGGGAGACGACGAUUCCUUUCUCGAUCGUCGCUUCGAGGAGGCUGAGAAGCUUAUCCUGGACGGCGGCGUCGGCGAUCCCCCUUCCUCCGAAGUCUACCUCGCUGCCGUUGACGAGAUUAUUCGGUUGACCGAGGAUCUGGAUCUACCGCCGGACAACGCCGAUGCCGUUAUGGACCGAGCGGAGGCUGCUCUUCAGCUUGCCAUGGCACACCUCGAGGAAGAGUUCCGUCACAUCCUCAUUCGGAGCACUAUCCCCCUCGACUCCGAACGCCUCCACAACUCCUCCUUCCUCCGCCGCUCCUCGAUGUCUGCCUCUGCUUCUGAAAUUCCUGAUUUCGAGACUGGCACUGUUUCUGAAGGUCAGGAGGACGGCAGCAGUGGGAGGUACAAUCACUUGAGGGGGCCCAGCCUCGGAGGUAUUGAAUUGUCCCUCGAUUUAAUCAAUCCUGAUGCUACUGUUGACCUGAAAGAGAUUGCAGACCGUAUGAUCCGAUCCGGCUAUGAAAAGGAAUGCUGUCAAGUGUAUUCUACUGUACGUCGAGAUGUACUGGAUGAGUGUUUGUCGAUUCUUGGCGUUGAGAAGUUGAGCAUUGAGGAAGUCCAGAGGAUCGAGUGGCGAUCUCUGGAUGAGAAAAUGAAGAAAUGGAUAUAUGCUGUGAAAAUUAUGGUGAGAGUUCUUCUGUCUGCUGAAAAACAACUUUGCGAACAGAUUUUUGAUGGCUCUGAACUGACCAAAGAAAUAUGUUUCAUUGAGACUGCAAAAGGGUGUCUAAUGCAGCUCUUGAAUUUUGGGGAGGCUGUUGUCAUAGCCCGGAGGUCUUCAGAGAAGUUAUUUAGAAUUCUGGACAUGUAUGAUGCUCUUUCUGCUGUUUUACCUGAUUUAGAAGUUCUUUUUUGUCAUGAGGCUGGGGAAAUGGUCCUUAGCGAGGCUAAGGGAGUUUUGGAUGGCUUAGGAGAAGCAGCUAUUGGGACAUUUGUGGAGUUUGAAAAUGCAGUUCGGGGAGAGGCUUCCAAAACACCUAUACAAGGUGCUGAAAUUCACCCAUUAACUCGCUAUGUUAUGAAUUAUGUUAAAUUGCUGGUGGACUAUAGCAAUACAAUUAAUGACCUUUUACCGAAUGUUGAGAGUGAGUUGGAAUCUGAUGGCCUGCAAGUUGAUGAUAGCAAUGAUAGCGAGUUGGAGAGUAAAUCACGCUUUGCAAGACGGUUGUCCUUGUUGAUAAAGUCUUUGGAAGCUAAUCUUGAAGAGAAGUCGAGGAUGUAUGAGGAUAGUGGGAUGCAAUAUAUAUUUUUGAUGAACAAUUUACUGUACAUAGUUCAGAAAGUUAAAGACUCUGAGCUUCGGAAGCACUUGGGUGAUUUGUGGGUACGUAAGCGGCAUGGUCAGGUCAGACAAUUCGCCACAGGUUAUCUUAGAGCUUCAUGGAGCAAAGUGUUGUCUUGUUUGAAGGAUGAAGGCAUUGGUGGCAGCUCAAGUAGUGCCUCAAAAGUUGCCCUGAAAGAAAGGUUUAAGAACUUCAACGCCUGCUUUGAAGAACUUUAUAGGAUUCAAACUUCUUGGAAGGUGCCAGAUGCUCAACUUCGUGAAGAGCUUCGAAUAUCCAUUUCAGAAAAAGUGAUUCCAGCAUAUCGCUCCUUUAUGGGGCGAUUUGGUAGUCAUCUAGAGAGUGGCAGACAUUCAGGGAAGUACAUAAAAUAUACGCCUGAAGAUCUAGAGAAUUAUUUGUUGGAUCUAUUCGAAGGAACGCCUCUGAACAUUCAUCACAUGAGAAGGAAAAGUUCAUAAAAUGCAGGUGACCAUCACGACCUUUAUCUUGCACAAAGUUGAAGAAUUUCACCUUUUGAUCUCAAAAAUUCUUUUGGAGACAUGGUUUGCUAGUGGUUGUUUCAAAGGUUUCUGCUUUAACUUGAUGAUAUCUUUAUUUCACGGGCUUGCAUUCUCCAAAAGCGAUAACUUAUUGUGCAUAUACAAGUAAUUGUGCUUAUGGGGUUGAUGAUAUAAACCACAAGACAAUAUAUUUUCUAAAGUCAAUGUGUAAUAUGAAGUUAUGAACUUUUGCUAGGGUGAUAUAGUGUUAUUUUAUUUUUAUUUAUUUAUUUAUUUGUUUUUAGGCCGAUAGGCAAAAAGUAAGUUCACUUGUUUGAUAAAAUUCCCACAUUGGACUUUUCCUCUUUUUCUCAAUUAAAUAUCAGAAAGACAGAAACCCUUGGAUUCCUUCCUGCUGCAUGACUGCCCCUUUUUUCUGCUCUGCAAAAACUGUCGAGUUUUGGAUUGGUAGUCCUCAAUUAUGUGAAGUACGGACUACGGAGUAAUAUUUAAAUAUCUAUAUUCAUAUGCUAAGCCAGUGUACUGAGAAUGAAAUAAAU